AUGGUCAGCUCCAACAAAGUCGCCCCUCUUGAGGUUGAUUUCCCCUUUGAAAUUCUUUCGUACCUCAUCCCAGUGAUACCCUACCGCGAAUAUCCACACGCGAUCAUCGAUGAGGAAAAAGGCGUAAAAUUAUCUGUGAAGCAGUAUAUUCCUCAUCGUACAACUGACUCCUCUAAUGAAGAAGCACCCCUUACCAUUAUCGCAGCUGGCGGUCUAGGGUUUCCCAAAGAGCUAUACGAGCCGCUAUUUGAGGAGUUACUACAUCGGGCACGCAGUUGUGGAGUCACAAUCCGAUCGAUAUGGAUCGCCGACAUGUUUAAUUUAGGAGAGAGCGGAGUAGUGAACCAAGACAAUCUAGGCUGUGAUGCAGCAUGGAUCGACCACUCUCGCGACUUGUGGAGCAUGAUCAAUCAUUUUUCUGAGUUAAUGCCCAAACCGAUUAUUGGUCUUGGGCAUUCAAUGGGAUGCAACCAGCUGCUAUGCCUCGCCUCUUGGCACCCAACUCUGUUCCACUCCUUCGCUUUCAUCGAGCCGGGCAUUGAUCUUCAUUAUGGAAGAGGCAUUGAAAUUCCGUGGCUUCUUCGCGUUCUGAAGCAAAAUGAGACCUGGAAAACGAGACAGGAAGCUGAAGAAGGCGUGGUCAAUGUCCAGGGCGCUCAGUUUUGGAAUGAGAAGGCCAUUAUCAGGCUAAAACGCUAUGGUGUUUUCUGGAAGCGGACACCACAGGAAGAUUGCUGGAUUCCGACUUCACCGAAAAAUCAAACUGCCGUCUUGGUCAGUCGCCAUAACCCAGGAAAUAUUGGGUUUGGUCCAAGUGGUCUCGACGAAGUCACAUUAUCACAACGGGAAGCUGUGCCUGAUAGUGAUCCAUCAAUAUCCACCGUGGGCCCAUUCUAUCGACGUGAGUUGAAGCUCGGGUGGGAUAUGCUUCCUAGUAUGCGGCCCUGGGUGUUAUACAUCAAUGGAGGUAACUCGCCAUUUUUUGGCCACCCAGACACCCAGAAGGAAAGAGCGCGUUUGACUGGCAUAGGUCCAGGGGGAAAUGGGGGAAUGAGACUCGGUGCAGUCAAACAAAUUGUGAUUGAGAAUGGAGAACACACUAUUCCAUUUGACAAAAACUUGACUAAAGUGGCACAUCACGUAGCGGACUGGCUGGCUACCGAGUCCCGGCGAUGGGUCGAUGGUCCUAUGAAACGUCGGCAAGUUUGGCAAAAUCAGAGCAUCGAGGAGAAGCAAUCAGUAGGGAAAGAUUAUAUUUCUGCUCUUGUUGAUAUGAAAAAGGGGAAUAGAGCAACAAAACUGUAG